GUCCUGUGUUCCGCUGCAAGGCGGGAGUUUCAUUUUCCAGUUUCAUUUAUGUUUACACUGAUUAUAACAUACAAUAAUGAAACCUUUCUUUGCCAAGUAACCUGUUUGUCAUCUUCUAUUUUACGAACGUUAUCAGGAUUUCCCGGGAACACAGAAACGGAACUAUGGCUGCAGCCCCAGUGGAGUACACCAUAGGUGGAGUAAAAAUAAACUUCCCAUGCAAAGCUUAUCCCUCUCAGCUGGCCAUGAUGAACUCGAUCAUUCGUGGGCUUAACCAUGGCCAGCACUGUCUGCUGGAGAGUCCUACUGGCAGCGGGAAAAGUCUUGCUCUUUUGUGUUCAGCCCUUGCGUGGCAGCAAUCCCAGUUUGCUAAGGAGCAGGAUCCAAGUAUUGGCUCAAGUGACUGUAAGAAACCAGAAGUGGCAACUCCAUGUCAGUGUGUGUGCCAUAACCGAGAUGCUCAUCCCUCUUCCAGCACUGUGGAAUCAGAACCCACUUUGGGUAAUCCGAUCGGUGAAGGUACUUCUGUUGACGCUACAACCCCUGUUUCAAAAGGAGUCAAUGGUGACCAGCCAAAAAGGUCCACAUUGUCUUCCCGUCUCUCUGAGAAACUUCAAGCCUCCAUUACCACUGACAGAGAACAAGAUGAUGAUUUUCAAACUGACAAGAAGCGCCUUCGCACACCGACAACAGAGCAAAAGAGUAGUAAACGGAGAUGUCUUGAGCGAGGGGUGAUUUUUAUUGAUGAUGAUGAUGAAGAGGAGGAUCUGGAGAGACCUGGGGCUGGAGCACAAAGGACCAUGGAACAUCCACAGUGUUGUUCUCCCGUGUCUUGUUCUUUCUGUCCUUGUGGCAACCUCAAAGCAGGACAGAAAACGGUUGAAAAGACCAAGGACAACGAAAAAGACAAAGAGGGAGGCGGAAGGAAAACGAUUCCAAAGAUCUUCUUCGGCACACGCACUCAUAAGCAGAUCACACAGAUCGCGCGGGAGCUAAAGCGAACAAUGUACUCCAGCGUGGCCAUGACUAUCCUCUCUAGUCGUGACCACACUUGCGUGCAUCCCGAAGUGGUACCUCAUGCCAAUCGCAACGAGCGCUGCAAGGAGCUGCUGGAGGCCAAGAAUGGCUUGUCAUGCCAGUACUACCGUAAUGUGCAUAAAAUGCGAGAUCAGCACUCAUUGCAGUGGGUUCAUGGGCUGCACCAGGCCUGGGACAUUGAGGAUCUGGUGAGUCUCGGCGGUAAACUUCGCUCCUGUGCAUACUUCGCUGCUCGGGAACUCAUGCAGGAUGCCUUGAUUGUGUUCUGUCCCUACAACUAUCUUCUGGACCCCCUCAUCCGUGAGAGUUUGGAAAUUAAUCUGAAGGAGCAGAUUGUAGUGCUGGAUGAGGCUCAUAACAUUGAGGACUGUGCCCGUGAGAGUGCCAGUUUUACUUUGAAUCACGCCCAACUACUUCUGGCACGAGAUGAGAUCGAAGGAAUGGUGACGCACAAUAUUCGUCGAGAUCAGCACACGCCUCUGCUGGCCUUCUGCUGCAGCCUUGCCAAUUGGGUGCAGGAAAGCUCCAGUGGCUUGGAAGAGCGUGAGUAUGAGUCUUCUUGUAAGGUCUGGACAGGGACAGAGACUCUUGGUAUCUUCCAUGGCUUAGGCAUCACUGCAGACACCUUCUCAUUGCUGCAGAAAAACCUUGCAGCAGUGCUGGAGAAGGAGGAGCGAAUUGGGCUAGUGAAAGGAAGAGAGGAGUUUGUGCAGGUUCCCACCAUCAGCUCCAACACUCAGUCAAUGCUCAAAAGCCUUUUUAUGGUGCUGGAGUUCCUUUUCAGACAUAAUUGCAGAUUUGCAGGUGAUUACCGUGUAGCCCUCCAGCAGAGUUAUAUGUGGACCACCCAGCCAGACCUGCCUGACGCUCAGGGAUUUUUCGCACGGCCCCAACGUCGCCGGCAAAGCACCCGCAAAAAAACCUUGGUGCACACCCUGAGCUUUUGGUGCCUCAACCCUGCCGUGGCGUUCUCAGAUCUGAGCGAAUCAGUGCGAAGUAUUGUGCUGACCUCAGGCACCCUCUCUCCCAUGGGCUCAUUUUCCUCUGAACUGGGCAUCAAGUUCUCCAUCCAGCUGGAGGCCAGUCAUGUCAUCAGCAAGUCACAGGUCUGGGUCGGUACCGUUGGUACAGGGCCUCAGGGUCGAAAGCUAUGUGCCACAUUCCAGCAUGCAGAGACUUUUGCAUUUCAGGAUGAAGUGGGAGCCCUGCUGUUGCAAGUGUGCCACACAGUGAAACGCGGGGUGCUUUGCUUCCUGCCGUCCUACAAGAUGCUGGAUAAACUGAGGGACCGCUGGAUGAACACAGGCCUGUGGGAGAAGCUUGAGGAGCGGAAGACUGUGAUCACGGAGCCACGUGGUGGUGCCAAGGGUGACUUUGAUGAGCUUCUGCAGACCUACUAUAAGGCCAUCGGUGGAACAGCAGCCGAUGGUGGAACUAGAGAUGGAGCUCUGUUGGUCGCUGUCUGCAGAGGGAAGGUGAGCGAGGGCUUAGACUUCACUGAUGACAACGCCAGAGCGGUGGUCACUAUUGGCAUCCCUUUCCCAAAUAUCAAAGAUUUGCAGGUUGAACUUAAAAUGAAAUACAAUGACCAGCAUGCCAAAUCACGAGGGCUUCUGCCUGGUGGUCGCUGGUAUGAGAUUCAAGCAUAUCGGGCGCUAAACCAAGCAUUAGGAAGGUGUAUUAGGCAUAAAAACGACUGGGGGGCGCUGAUUCUGGUUGACGAUCGGUUCAGGGCAAACCCAAACAGAUACAUCACAGGCCUGUCAAAAUGGGUGCGUCAACUAGUGAGGCACCAUGACACCUUCACAGGCGCCAUGCAGUCCUUGGAGUCCUUCUCGCAAUCCCAGCAGGAGGCAGUAGAGACCUUUGAAAAGACGUAUUCUCAUGCUGCCCCCCCAUUGCCCAGCCCCUCACUGGUCAGCUUCACUGCUACCUCACCCCCUCCUGAGAUAAUCGGCCUCCACAAUCUAUCUGACCCAAAGCCAGCACAGCCAAAACCACACACUGAGGUUCAGAAUGCCAACUCUGAGAGUGAUCAAAAGAAUCUCCAGCACCCAUCCAAACCAAUCACUUCACCAGAUAGAGAACGUAAUGUUCAAAGAACAGUGCUGACUCCGGGCCAUCUCUUCUCCUCCACUCCGGUCAGCAGCCCAUUUAGGACCCCUAUCUUUCAGUCGGAACGAUCAAAGAAAGUGGUUUCUCAUGAUGCAAAAUCAUUGGACAAAAAACAGGAAGUUGUUCCAAGACUUCCUGUUGAACCAACGCAACAAACAAGUCAUGCUCCUGACUUAAACGUGAAUGGUCCUCCACCUGAGUGCCAAAAACUCUCUGUGGCUACCUCCAAGCAGGACACCAGUGGAACUGAUCUUGAAGACAUAGAGGAAGAUGAACAGAGCAUCUUCUACAGUCCUGAGCUGUUUGAAGGAAACGAGGAGGAGAAGGAGGAAAAGCCUGUUACAGAGGUGGAGAAAAUUCCUCUGAAUACACAAGUCAACGACAGUCCCGCUAAUAGCAAAGCUGAAGUAUUUUCUGAGGAAUUCUUUGGCUCAGAGCAGGCCAGGAGGACAUUGUCCAAAGACCUUUUAAGCAGCGCAGUCCCAGACGAUCCAUUAUUUCAGCGUAAUUUAGAGCAGACAGACAGCUCUAGUGCAGAGUUUGAGAAUGGGCCUUCCUUUCUAAAGGGUUCCAGCAGUAGCCUGUCACAUAGGCUCUCCAGAUCUAGACAGAAAAGGCCCAGCAUGCCAGGAACAUCAGCAGGUCAGAGUUCAGACGUCCUGGUAAGGUUCAGGGAGACAGUGCCAUUCAAGACCCAAGCUGAACGUCUACAGUUAGAUCAUGGAAACACCAGAUCAAGGCCUCCGGAGUCAGUCAAACAAAACCUUAGGCAGAAAAUGAGAGGCCAUGGCCUGAGCAAGACUAAGACAUGGAGGAAUGAGAGACUGAAAAUAGAUGUCGCUGAGGCCUCUGAACUUCAAAAUAGUAGUGAUGUAGAAAAUGUAGUUUUAAGACCACAAUACAGCCAUGCUCGAGCACAUCCAGCGCUAGUGUCAAUGAAGCGGCAGAAACUUAGAAAAACAGUUCAGCCCCUAGCCCAGAGUCCCUUGGGGAUAUCUCCUGUGGUCUUAACUCCAGAGUUUUUAGAGAACAAAAAGUGCCAAACGGACACUUUUAAAACAUCAAAGCAACCGCAACCAGCUCUGAAUGACAGAUCAGAGAUCAAGAAAACAGGUAUCAAGGUUAUGAGGUCUUACUCAAGAAAGAACCAGCAGCCAAAGAGGCUUAAAAUAGCAUCUGAGACCAGACUUUCCCAAAUACAGAGUGGUUACCCAGUCGAUCUGCCUCUUUAAAUGGACUUCAAUUACACACUUUAUACCAGGGACCUGAGCUGAAGAACAAAGAGCAAAUGAUUUCUGCAGGGUCAGACAUGGAAAUCUCUCUUUAUCUGUCUGUUGUGGUAAUUUCUGAGGAUGCCUCUCUCGGAUAGAAUAACAUUCUGAUUCAAAGACCAUAUUUUUUACACACAUAUAUAUAUAUAUAUAUCAGCUGGGAUUCUCAACUGUGUUUCCUUUGAAAUCGUAUGUUGUGAUAAAAAAAUGGUUUGAUUUGUGGUUUUCUGGAAAUUGAGAAAAACGUUAGUGGGUGAUUGGGACAUCUAGUGGUUGUUUCUUAUACUGCAGAAAUACAACUUUCCUUUUCACGUUGACUGAGCGUGCCUCUGACUUGUGUUUAUAUAGUAGGACAGGUUACUUCAAAUU